AUGUCUUCGUGUAAUGGGCUUCUCUGUUGCCGGAGUUGCAUCCAUCCUAUUGGUGAUAUUUAUAGAAGAGUGCGAAAUAGGGAGGCAAGGGAACUGGUGAUAUACAUUUGCAAUCCAAUGACUAAAGAAUGGAUUGCAUUGAAGCCAGAAGGGUGUGGUGUUGGUGAUAGCAUUGGAUUAGCUUUCUAUCCAUUUGGUUAUUCAUUAAACACUCGCCCUAUUUUCAAGUUGGUAAGCAUUCAACAAUCAAAAGUGGAUCCACAUUUGUAUUCAUUUGCAGUGUACUCCUCACAGAAAGGUAGUUGGACAACUUCAAAAGAGGUUUGCCAUUGCAGAUAUCAAAUUUACAAAAACAAUAAAGUUUUCGUUGGCAAGAUGUUCAAUUGGCUAACUCAGAACCACCAUAUUUUGAGUUUUGACGUCGAAAGAGAGCUUUCUAAGGUGAUUAAGUUACCUGGUGAAGCUUCAAGUUCACUCAUUCUUGGAUGUUCAGAAGGAUAUCUUCAUUAUGUGUGUGUGCAUGGUGAAGAUUUUAGUGUGUGGAUGUUGAAAGAUUAUUCCUCAUCUGAGUGGGUGCUCAAGUAUCAGGUGACAUUGUUUGAUAUAUGUCAAGAAAGUUAUACAGAUUUGACCCACUGUAAUGUAAAAAGGUGCUUGAUUUUGGCUUUCCAUGAAGAUUUGUUGUUUAUGCCAAUGGAUAGGUGUUUGUUCUCAUACAAUUUUAGAAGUAGGAAACUGCAGCAGCUUUGCUAUAUAUCUAUGCUACAAUAUUUAAUUUUGUCGAAUCCAACUGUGAUCCCAUGUUCCAUUAGCUUGACAGCUGCAGGGGUUUUCAAGGAAGAUCAAAGUGAUGAGAACAAGUCAAGUGAAGAUCCGAGGGAUGUUUCAUCCUUGAAAAUUUCAAAAAGAAAAAGGACAUGUAGUGGUGUUGGACACCGAUUGAAGAGUGUGAAAAGGAAUUUUAAUCUUUUUGAAUGGGCAUUAGAUUAG